UCCCCUCCAAGUGUCUGUUUAUUACAUGUUCAUUACAGUAGUGGCACAGAGGAGUCUAGCGGUAGCUCAGUUAUAAUAUAACGAUAUUGGCGAAGCACACGAACGGAGAAAAGGGGAACAUUUACAAGGGGGGAAUAAACACAUAUUGGUGGUAAACAUUAUCACUCCCUCCUAUAGAAAACGCCAAAAGAGUGAAUCGACUGAGAGGGAGCGAGAGGAAAAAGAACGCUGAAGGCAACCCACUCAAUAGCCACUUAUUAGGCGAAUAGCCUACAUUCCAGUCGGACUUGCGUACAUUAAUAAACCAUCAUAGGAAAUGUCUGCCCCAGCAGCUGCCGGCGCCCCCCCCGCAGAUGGAGCGGCGCCCCCUCCCAACCUCACUAGCAACCGCCGCCUGCAGCAGACACAGGCUCAGGUGGAUGAGGUGGUGGAUAUCAUGCGUGUAAACGUGGAUAAGGUUCUGGAGCGUGAUCAGAAGCUGUCAGAGCUGGAUGAUCGGGCUGAUGCCCUGCAGGCUGGAGCCUCACAGUUUGAGACCAGCGCUGCAAAACUCAAGAACAAGUACUGGUGGAAGAAUGCCAAGAUGAUGAUUAUCCUGGGACUGAUAUGUGCGAUUGUCCUCAUUGUCAUCAUCGUCUACUUCAGCACCUAAGAUGAGUGGCUCCUACCCCAGUCUGCAGUCAAGACUGCCCGCUCCCUUGCAACAGAAAAUCCUUUAAAUUGAUGAGAAAAUUAUCCACUGACGAUUAAUUUAUUAAAUUGCUCCCAAAUAGUCUCAAUAUGACCCUGCCCUGAACCCCCUGACCCCCUCAGCCCCUGCUUCCACCGCCUCACCUCUGGACUCCUGUCAAUCUUCGUCCUGUAAAUCUGUGGCCCCGCCUCCAUUGUAAAUACUUACCUGCUUUUCUAAUCUGUCGUUCAUACUCAGAACCCAAUACUUGUUGUGAUUGUUACCGAUGACAACAGAAAGGAAAAUGAUGACCCUGGUGAUAAUUGUUAUAUUCCAGAAAUAUGUAGAGUUCUUUGUAGAGUUUUAUUCUGAUAUAAUGUUUUUGUAGGUUGUGUGUGGGUGUGCGUUUUGUAUUUUUGUAUUUUUUUUUAUUAAUUUGACUUAUGCUUCAGAUUUGAACUACUGCCUAUUAAUCAGAGUGUGUAUAUUUUGCACGUUCUCUCUUACUGUUCUCUGCCUGUCUCUGGAUUUCUCUGUCUUGCUCUGGCUCACACAGAGUAUAGGUGCAUCUUUGCACAGUGACAUAGUCUCCUUUAACUGAGGUACUUCAUCAAUAUUCCCAUCCUCUUCUCCCAUCUUUUCCUUCUCUCUCUCUCUCUCUUUCUCUCUCUCUCCUAUACCAUUUAGCCGUACUGUCUCUUUAGAAUCCUUUCACCAUUUCUGUUUUUUUUCUGUUCAUGUUUCCCUGUCUAUCUUUUCCCAGUCAUAUACCUUCUCUUUUUAAACUGCCAUUAGAAUUGUACCAAUGUCUGGAGAUGUUUAUUUUUAUUUUACUUAGUGUCUUAUUUCGAGAACAUUCCUUCAUGGCAGUCUAGUACAAAUGCUGUCAGUGUAGCACAUGUAUGUGUAAGUAUCUUUCAAAAACUGAAAAUAGAUAACCUGUAUAAAGUUAUCGUAAAUAUUAUCGCAGAUAUCAAUCUAACAAGCCAGAGUGGGGAAAAGAACAAUAUUGAUAGAAAGGAGGGCAUAAUAGUUUUUGUUUGGUGGAUCAUCAUUUUAACCUGUUUAAUUUGUUCAUUUCAGCAACAUAAAAUUACAUAAAGUUGCUGUGACAAUGCACCAAUCCUA